AUGAGUAUCAUGUUGCAGUGUGAUUGCGUCGGGCCCGUCUGCGCCAACUGUCGUCGUCGCCAAGAACACUGCAGCUAUCUAGGCCUCCUCGCCGAUGCCCUCAACCGUGAAAAUGGCGGCGACAAAACCAGCGAUACCCUGACCAUGGUUCGUCGUGCCGCGACUGUCGCUGCCCAUGCUUCAUCACGAGACGCCCUGAACGCCUCGCUACCCGCCGAGAAGCUUCGCGCCGACGAGGCCGAGCUGAAGCAUCACUUCCUCACACAGGCUUGGUUCACGUUCUCCUUGCAGACCGACCCGAGAAAGUGCGACGUGUGGUCGCGUUGGGUGCCACAGCUGGCGUCACGAAAUGUCUUCAUCCACCAGAGCAUGCUCUCCAUCGCAGCUCUUCACCUCUGCUACCUCGAGCCGCCGGAUAUGAAGAGGUAUUACUCGAUGGCAUGCCAGCACGCCAUUCAGGCAAGCAACUAUUUCAGAUUGGCCGUCCCGGAGGUCACGGAAGAGAACUGGCUGGCGACGUUCGUCUUCGCGAUGUGCAACGGAAUCUUCGGGUACUACCGUCCCUUCGCGGACGAGAAGGUCAUGGGAGAGGUCAACACAUUCGAGCCUGCGAAGGCCCUCAACGUCAUGAGGGUAGCGGCCAAGUUCUCAGAUACAGUGACGCCACACGUCUUCAAGAGCCCGAUACGAGACAAGCUCGCACAGGUGGACAUCGGGGAAUGGCGCAACAGCAGCGACAUCCUCCUCAGACCCUCCCUCCAAAAGAUCGCCCGGUUCCUCGAGUUCCUCUCCUCGGGCCCGGACGCGACGGGCCUACAAGCGGAGGACAUACGCAUAUACCAAAACGCCCUCGCGGCGCUCAGGUCCUGGAUCGGCUCCCUCCCCGGCCGCCCGCGGAUAUGGAAACACUUCAUCCUCUGGCCCUCGCUCGUGUCGGAGCAGUACCUCGCCCUCCUCCGCUUCAAGGAGCCCGUCGCGCUCAUGAUCUUCGUGCUCUGGUGCGAGGUCAUGUUCCUCGCGCCGCGGCGGUGGUACCUCAUCGCCUGGUACGACCGCGGCCACGGCGGCGCGCUCAAGGAGCUGGGUCGGCUCCCCGACGGCCCCGCGCAGCGGUUCUGGGAGGGCAUGGCGGCGGACGCGUCCAACGACGGGUUGUCGGACGCCACGGGCUCGGAGACGGAGGGGAGCAGCGUCGGGGGACCCGCGACGCCUUCGGACGUGAAGAGCGAGGACGGCGGGAGGCGCGGCGGGGUGCUGUUGUUGAGUACCGGGGAGGAGUAUAGGCACGGCAAGGGACGGUGUGCUACGAGCUGUUGCGAGUUUCCGAUGAUUGCGACGGCGCGGUGA